GGGAGUGGUUGGAUUGUAGAGGGUGGACUUUUUAUAACACAAGGGGCGCGUGUGGGAAACUGUAGUUGUUCAUCUUCUUCUUGUGUUGGGAGGCAGCAGCAGCAGCAAUAGCAGAAGAAGAGAGUGGGAGAAGAUGUCGGGGAUGUCGCUGUCUCAGAAAUUAACAUUGGGUUAUGCUGCCUUGGUAGGAGUUGGUGGAGUCAUGGGCUACAUAAAAAGCGGUAGCCAGAAGUCGUUAGCUGCUGGGAGCUUGUCAUCCGCACUAUUGUUCUAUGUGUAUUCAGAGCUUCCAGUGAGGCCAACUUUUGCAGCAUCUCUGGGGCUAGGCUUGUCGGUUGCACUUUUGGGCAUGAUGGGUUCUCGUUUCAAGAAGACAAGGAAAUUCUUUCCGGCAGUCUCAAGCAUGCAAUUUGCACCUUGUGUUCAAUUUCUUAUUGAACGGUCGAAUUCCCCAGAUGAGUUGUCAGACUGCCAAACACAGGCAAGAACAACUCGAAAAGCAAGGGCAUGCAAGAUUCAACAUGGCCCAUCUCAAAGUUAGCAUCGGUGAGGGCUAAAAGGAUAGUUAGGGGGCCUUUGGAUUGUAAGUUACUUUAGAUAAGCUACUUAUGCCUUUAGUAGCUUAUCUUGGUUUCUACUUAUUCAGUAAAUAUACUUAUUUAGUAAAUAAGCUUGUUUGUUAAAUAACUAACUUA